AUGCAGAGGGACGCUGACAGAAUGAAGAGAAAGAAGGAAGAGCACCGAGAUGAAGAGGAGUUUGGUGCCUUCCGCUUUGCUGAUGGAAGUAUGUACGAAGGAAAGUUCUGUCGCCGUGAGUCGAAUGCUGAUGGAACGGCUAAAUCACAAUUCCCAUCUGCCCACCCACCAACGACGCGCAAUGCACAACAGCAGGAACUUCCCCCUCCCAUACCUUUUCACCAUGGGAAGGGCGUUUUUAAAGAUGCUGGCGGUUUGGUGUACGACGGUUGCUGGGUUGAGGGUGACAUGACUGGGGAGGGUCUGCUACGGUUUCCCAGCGGCGCCACAUAUGAGGGUAGUAUGUACGCAAACUCGUUUUGGGGGACGGGAACGUAUACUUGGCCUGAUGGCUCCCGCUACGAGGGGCAGUGGGAAAACAACAAAAUGCAUGGUAAAGGGACAUAUAUCGAUGCAAAGGGGAAACGUUGGGCUGGAAAGUUCCAUCACGGACAGGGAGUUGGCUUGCUUGCGGAGGUUAGUUUAUAG